GGACACAGCUCGGGUGCCGGCGAGGGCACAGCACGGGCAGAGGCUUCUGGACUGCGCGAUGAGCGGAGGAAGGUAACUUCCGAGUCUGUAGACAAGAGGGGAAGAUGAAGGAAGACUGUCCGCCCAGUUCUCACGUCCCCAUCAGCGACAGCAAGUCCAUCCUGAAGUCGGAGCUCUUAAGCUUGCUAAAAACUUACAACUGCUACCAUGAGGGCAGAAGCUUUCAGCUGAGACACCGAGAGGAAGAAGGCGCUUUGAUCAUCGAGGGACUUCUCAACAUUGCCUGGGGACUGAGGCGGCCUAUCCGGCUCCAGAUACAGGACGACAGGGAGCGAGUGCACCUCUCCUCAGCCUCCUGGACACCCGGACAGCCCGGCUGCCCCCUAAAGGAGCCACUUCUUCAGGAUGGCAGGGUCCCUGCCCAGGAGCCAAGGACUCAGACAGCACCCAGGGCCGAGAGUUCCAGAGACAGCUCAGAGCCCCUGGAGGAGGACGAGGAGACCCCUCAGCUGAUGCGGACCAAGAGUGACGCAGCUUGUGUGAUCCAGAGGAGGCCCCGGGCCCGCGCACCCGGCGAGGCCCAGAGGAUCCGGCGACAUCGCUUCUCCAUCAAUGGGCACUUUUACAACCACAAGACCUCGGUGUUUACUCCUGCCUAUGGGUCCGUGACCAACGUGAGGGUCAACAGCACCAUGACAACCGUGCACGUGCUCACCCUGCUGCUGAACAAGUUCCGAGUGGAAAAUGGCCCCAGUGAGUUUGCGCUCUACAUUGUUCACGAGUCUGGGGAGCGAACAAAAUUAAAAGACUGUGAGUACCCACUGAUUUCCAGAAUCCUGCACGGGCCAUGUGAGAAGAUCGCCAGGAUAUUCCUGAUGGAAGCCGACCUGGGCGAGGAAGUUCCCCACGAUGUCGCUCAGUACAUUAAAUUUGAAAUGCCGGUGCUGGACAGUUUUGUUGAAAAAUUAAAAGAAGAGGAGGAAAGAGAAAUAAUCAAACUGACCAUGAAGUUCCAAGCCCUGCGUCUGACGAUGCUGCAGCGUCUGGAGCAGCUGGUGGAGGCCAAGUAGCCAGCCAGCGCCAGCCUCUUCGGAAGCCCCCCCACUGCCAGUGCACACUGAGUGCGGGGGACCAGGCCCUGACUGGUCACACAGACUGAGAGCCACCGGCUGGGAAAUCGAGCCCCCGCGCUUCUACAUGUCUAUCUGCCUGAGUACCAUGUGCCCCAUGUCCCUGGCUCUUGGCUCCAAGCUGAGCACUCACCGGGCCCAGAGCCAAGCCUG